AUCAGAAGGGAAUCCGAGUUGAUGUGUUGCAAGAGAGUGCCGCCUUGUUUGUGAGGGAAGAACAGCAGCGGCUAGUAAACCGUUGGUGAGGGAGAGGGGAAAUACAGUUGGUUGCAGUCCAGCACUCUCUGCCAGCAGUUCAAGAGGUUUAUGGUGCAGAGUGAGACCAUGAAGGGCUUGGAGCUGCUGCUGUUGCUGCUUUUUCUCAAAGAUGUAAGUGCUCAGUGGAAUGUGUGGAUGCCCAGAGACAUUUCAGCCAUGACAAACACCUGUGUGGUUAUACCUUGUUCAUUCACAUACCCCUCUGGCGUUAGGCCUUACAGGGGAGUUCAUGGGAUCUGGUACUUUGGCCAACCCUACCCCCAACUUUUCCCUCCUGUGGUGUAUAAAUCCCGGACAGAUAUUGUUCAUGAAAGUUACAAAGGACGGACCAAGCUAUUGGGUGACCUGACGCAAAAAAACUGCACGCUACUGAUAAAUAACAUUGGCGUUGAACAUUCUGGGAAGUACUACUUUCGUGCAGACCUGGGCGGAGCAAACAUCUUCACGUUUCCUGACUUCACAAAACUGCAGGUGUUGGAUCAGCCCAACAUUGAUGUUCCAGAGGUAAUAAUCAGUGACGAGAGCCUGGACUUGACAUGCUAUGUCCCAGACAACUGUCCAGAUAUGAGUCCAGAGAUCCACUGGAUGUACACAGACUAUCUGCCUGACCCUGUUUUCACCCCUGACAAUGUUGAAGAAAGCAACACUGCUGUUCUGUCCAGCACUCUCACCUUCACACCCAAACCCAUGCACAACGGUCAGCUGCUGGGCUGCCGGGUCCACUACCCAAACAAAACCUUUGUCUAUGAACGCCUCAUUUCUUUGGACAUCAAGUACGGCCCUCGAACUGUGUGGGUGAAUGUGUCUCAAGACAUAAUGGAGGGGAGCUCUGUGGUCUUGCACUGUGAUGUGGACAGUAAUCCAGCUCCUACGAUAACCUGGUUGUUUGGUGAUAAAGAGCUGAUGUCGGAAACUGCCUCAAAUGCUUCGCUGCCCCUGGAGAACCUCACACCGGAACAGGAAGGCGUCUAUACCUGUGUGGGUGACAAUGGCUAUGGAAGCAUGAACACGUCCAUGUAUUUGGCAGUAAAUUAUCCUCCACGAGAACCGUGGAUCAAUGAAUCUCUGACAGUAUUGGAGGGAUCUUCAGUUGCUCUCCAAUGCAUCAGUAAGGGUAACCCGAUGCCCACAUUGACCUGGCUGAAGGAUGGGGAGCUAGUGGGCACCAUUACAGCAGAGGAGGGGUCUGUGCUGGAGCUGCACGAGAUCACGCCGCAGGCCGACGGCAUUUACCGCUGCCUAGCUGAGAAUGAAUAUGGCCGAGCCAGCAGCUCACUCAACGUUACGGUAGAAUUUGCUCCAGUCCUCCUGGAUGACUCUAAGUGCACUAUAGUUCGGGAGGGCGUUCAGUGUGUAUGCAUUGCCUCUGGAAACCCUGAGCCUGUGAUUGAAUUCUACCUGCCUGACCUCAAUAUCACCAUCAAUGGAACCAAUAACCGCUUCAGCUACUACAUGCACACAGAUGGGUACACGUCCACUGGCAUGAUCAAGCUCCGUGACAAGGGUGAAAGGGGAAACAACGGGGAUACAGCUGUCCAUGUGCACUGUAGCAUCAGCAAUAUGUAUGGCUCCGAGACAUUCCGCUUGGAACUGCAGCAGGAGAAAAAGUACAUGAUGGCCGUGAUAGUGGGGACUAUUGGAGGUGUGGCAGUAAUCGCCUUUAUCAUCGCAGCUGUGAGAUACGUCGGUCAGAACAAUAAAAAAGAGAAUGGUAACCCGGGGCAGGAUGUGGAAUCUAAAGUGGAGAAUCCCUCAAUGUUCUACAGCGCAGUCAAGAAGGACAAACAGAGUCUCAGGAAAAAAGUGCUUAAGACUGAGCUCCUGGGCUCAAAGUUUAACUCCAUCCUAGAGGAAGGCACGGGAGACGACAGUGAUUACAAAUCUGUUGGCUCGGUUGGAGUCAUGGAGAGGCAAGAGCUGAAUUAUGCUGCCCUAGAAUUUCUCCACGGACGACAUCGGGAGGGGAGCUUCAGGAGGGGUGAUGGUGACAGCAGUGACUAUACUGAAAUUAAGGCCAAAUGAACCGCGAUCCUUCCCUGAUGCCUCGGCCAAAUGGGACACGGUGGCCACUAGGGUCCAAUCAUCCCUCCUGCCACAAUAAUUUACUAUUUCACCCACAUAAAUGUGGCCUUGUUGAGCUGUCUCUUUGGAACACCCUGCUGAAAAGACCAGCUCAGACCAGCAUUAAUUUUAUGCUGGUUUAUAUUGGUUUGAUGCUGGUCAUCCAGCAUCGUCUUUCUGGGUAGCUUGUUUGACCAAGGGAGGCUUGCAGGUUAUGCUAGUUAAGAGGCCUGGUAGGGACACCAGAAUACCAACAUCCAAAACAACAUAAUGCUGGUCUUUAACAGGACAACCACAGAUGAUGUACAAACAUUGAUGUUGGAGUAUUUUAAAUUGUGCUCUACAACACCUUUCUUCUCCAAGGUUUUGUGUAUAUACAGUAUACUGUAUGUAGGCAUAUGCAGUAUAUAGAAUAUACAGCUCUGGAAAAAGUUAAGAGACCACUGCAAAAUUAUUAGUUUCUCUGGAUCUACUAUUUAUAGGUAUGUGUUUGAGUAAAAUGAACAUUUUUGUU